AUGAACGCCGGAGCGAAUGGAGGCCGUUUCGAUUUUGACGACGGCGGUACCUAUUGUGGAGGAUGGAAUGAUGGUAAAGCACAUGGACACGGUGUAUGUACAGGUCCCAAAGGUCAAGGUGAAUAUUCUGGUGCAUGGCAAUAUGGUUAUGAAUUUUCGGGCAUCUACUUAUGGCCGUCAGGAAACUCAUAUGAAGGACAAUGGAUGAGUGGAAAACGUCAUGGAUUGGGUGUUGAGAAAAAAGGAAGAUGGAUUUAUAAAGGCGAAUGGACACAAGGUUUUAAAGGACGAUAUGGUGUACGUGUAUCGGAUAUUUCAGGCGCACGAUAUGAAGGUACAUGGGCAAAUGGACUUCAAGAUGGUUAUGGAGUAGAAAUCUAUGCAGAUGGUGGUGUUUAUCAUGGUCAGAUACAGCAAGGUCUCCGUCACGGUUUUGGUAUUCGACGAAGUGUACCAUACGGUCUUGCGUCACGUUAUCGAUCAAAAGAUAUACGAGAUUCUUUAACAUCACUUCGUUCAAUAGAAGAUGAUGAACGAACACAACGUGAACGAGACAAACGUAUGGAUGAAAAUCGUGGUGGAUUUGUAUUACGUUCAAGGUCAGAUCCACAUGAUUCAUCAUCCCGUAGUGCUAGUCAAGGUCCACGUCGUGUUUCAUUAUCAAAUAGUGCCGAUCGUCGUAUUUCUUUACGUAAAACUCUUUUAUCUAAAUUACGUAAACAAAAAUCGACCAGUGAUAUUGAAGAUCUAACAAUAACAAAAAAAACCAGUUCUUUUCGUUCAACAGCAAGUACAAUUAGUGGUGAUUCAAAACAUUCAGUUAAAACAGCUACAAUAUUAUCAUCACAUCCCAAUACACCAAAUUCAACAGGGACAUUAGAUGAUGGUGAUCAUUCAUUUAUAUCUCAAGAAGAUAUCCUUGAUGGUAAUGUCGUUGAAACAUAUAUGGGUGAAUGGAAAGCUGAUAAACGUACUGGAUUUGGUUUAGCUGAACGUUCUGAUGGUUUAAAAUAUGAAGGUGAAUGGUUUAAUAAUAAAAAGAAUGGUUAUGGAGUUACAACAUAUCGCGAUGGUACUAAGGAGGAGGGAAAAUAUAAAAAUAAUGUUUUAAUGACCGAUAAACGGAAGCCAAGUAAAUUAUUUUUACUUCGUACAGCAAAAUUUCGUGAUAAAAUUGAUGCUGCUCUAAAUAAUUCAACGAAAUCUGCAACAACUGCACAACAAAAAGCGGAAAUUGCAAUGGCUAGGGCAAAUAAUGCACGUUCAAAAGCUCAUUCAGCUGAAAUUUAUGCUAAGCAAGCAAGAAGUGAUAGUAUUGAAGCUCGAGGAAGUGCAAAAUCAGCUGCUCCUGAUUUUCGCCAACCAGGCGAAGAAAAACCUCAACCGUUCAUCAUAUUAGAUAUCGAUAAACAAGUUGAUGGAAAAAUAGUGUCAAGUAAUCAUAUCAGUAUUAGUCCACCUAAUGGUCGUUUGCCAAUACCAACAAAUUAUCUUCCAAAUAGUUCAAUACCAUUACCAUCACAUAUAUCUCAAUCUCAUCCAACUUCAGUCACAACCAAUCCACCAUUUUCUCUCGACGGUGGAGUUUAUCAAGGUCAACCACCAUCACAAUCCAAUAAUUGGAAUGCAAAUACAAGAGUUGGUGGAGCACCAUUUUCUCCGAAUUCUAUUCAACAACAACGUUCAGAUUAUUAUCGAGAUAUUAAUCAACCUCAUGCACAAAAAUCCAUGUCACCAGUACCUUACAAUGAUAUGUCCGAUCCGCGUACAGGUAUACCCGUGUCUAAACAUUAUACUCAUUUAAAUCAACCACUACGUGGUGAUACUUCAACACCAGGAAAUUUAAGCUUUGAUGAUGAUCGUCAUACAACAAUGUCGACUAAUUAUGAUUUAUCACAUUCACCACAAUCAUCUUCACCACAAUUCGUACCGAAUGCCGCCGGAAUAGGUCAGCGUUCAGCAUCAAAACGAAAUACUAAAUCUACUAAAACUGAUGGUCGUAAAAAUAAUAAACCACCACAACAACAAGAUAACUCACCACAAAAGCGAUCAAGAUCAGCAAGUCAAAAUAAAUCACCACAAAAACGAUCACGAUCAUCCAGCAAAGGUACUAAAGUUGAUGGUCGAAAAAAUAAUAAACCACCACAAGAACAAUCAGGUUCACAAAAUAAAACUAAAUCUGGUGGUCGUGGAAAAAGUAAUUCAUCAAAUCAAAAUAAAUCUCGUCGAUCAACUUCUCGUUCACCAAGUAAAUCUCAAAAUAAUCGAAAAAAUCAACAACAACAACAAGAUGAUGAUGAUAAUCAAGAUAAUGAAACUGAAGAUGAACAAGGUACCGAAAAUGAAGAUGAACAAGGUUCCGAAUCAGAAGGUGAACAACAACAACAACAAUCCAAAUCUUCAAAAUCCAAAGCAUCAGGAAAUAAUAAUACCCGUUCAUCACCAACAAAGAAAGCUCGAAAGUCUGGUGGUGGUAAUAGCAAGAAAGCCAAUAAAUGA